AUAUUAUUUACUAAUACUUAAUAGUGAUAUCUAAAUUAAUUUUGAUAUAACUGAGAUUUCGGAAUUAUAUUACACUUUUAUCAAUAGUCUAAUUAUUGUGCUUUGUCUGAUUGGUUGAGUAUAUAAUGAAAUACUCGGUAACAACAAAAGCCUAUACUGUUUGUUACUAGCCUAUAUUAUGGUAGUUUUGGAUACUAUGGAAGGUGUUGGAAAUCUGGAAGAGGAAGCACAAAAAAGGAAAGAAAGGCUAAAAAAUUUAAAACGUAAAAACGCGAAUGUAACCUCAUCAUCCGACUCAAAAAAUAAAGAUGCAGCUCCACUUCCUAGGCCCAUGUUUAGAAGUUAUAAACCACAAGAUGAGUCAUUGCAACAAGCAAAAAUACAAGAUGCGGAACCAGAAAAGGUUGAUGAGGAAGUUAAAGAUUUAGUUGAAGCUGGGAAGGAAAAGAUGUUUUGGUCACAGCCUUCAUUGUCACAACAAAUAAUUAUGAUAAAAUGUUGUACUUCAAGAUUUAGAUAUAGCAUCACUUGCACCUCGAAAGCCAGAUUGGGACCUCAAAAGGGAUGUUGCAAAAAAAUUGGAAAAGCUUGAGAGAAGAACACAAAAAGCUAUUGCAGAAUUAAUUUGGGAGAGAUUAAAGCAAGGCUCUGAUGACAAUUUGGGAGCUAUGCUUACUAUGACAGAUACAAGAAUUCCACAAGAUGACUGAAUUAGGAAAAAUUAGGUAUACAUUUUUGAUAUGUAUUUAAAUUUGAAACAUUAAAAAACCAAAACUUUU